GGCUGUUGUUGGCUGUGACUGGGGUGCUGAGAGGAGAGUGGGGCUCAGUGUGACCAGGCAGAGGCCAGUGCUGCAAGGCAGGCAGGCAGUGGACAGAGUGUUGAGCUGCAGGGACGUGCCCCGGGUGGAUAAACCAUGCUCACUGAGUGGGAGAGAGACUCUGCCCAGGACACAAGAUGAAGGUAAAGAGGAAGACCUCCUCCACAAGCGACGGUCUCACUGGCUACCCUGCGCUGCUGAGGCUCUUCGGCCUCCUCCUCCUCGUCACAGGUGAGGUGACAGGGGUGAACGUGACCAGCCAGUCCCAGGUGGUGAGGGGAACAGUGGGCAAAGAGGCCCUGUUGUCAGUCAGCUACUCCAGCAGCAGCUCCGACAAGCCUGUGAUUAAGUGGCAGCUAAAGAGGAACAAAGAGAAACCUAUCACCGUUGUUCAGUCCAUAGGAACGGACGUCAUCGGGAACCUGCGUCCAGAGUACCGCAACCGUAUCCUGGUGUUUGAGAAUGGGUCCCUGCUGCUCCACAACCUGCAACUUUCAGACGAAGGGGCGUACGAAGUGGAGAUCUCCAUCACGGACGACAGCUUCACUGGAGAGCACUACACGGAGCUCACUGUGGAUGUUCCUGUGUCCAAACCUUAUAUCCAGAUGAUAGCGUCGUCCGUCCUGGAGUACAGCGAGCACUUCAACCUGCACUGUUCCCACAAUAAUGGCACAAAGCCCAUCUACAGUUGGCUGAAGGGAGGCAAGGUGCUGGCCAAUGACUCACGCCUGCUGCUCUCACAUGACCAAAAAGUGCUGACCAUCCUGCGCGUUGUGAUGUCAGACGACGACAUAUACGCCUGCGCCGUGGAGAACCCCAUCAGCAGCAUGAAGAGCACACCUGUCAAGCUCACUGUCUACAGACGGAGCUCGCUAUACAUCAUCCUGUCCACCGGGGGCAUAUUCCUUCUAAUCACCCUGGUGACAGUGUGUGCCUGUUGGAAACCUUCCAAAAAGAAACAUCGACCCGUCCCCCAAAGAGCUCCCAUCUACGUAGAGCACAGUGAAAAUGGCCACGAUGUUGAUGUUGUGCCCAAACCAACCACACUUGGUCGAAGGAGUCCAAUGCCUCUUUAUGUUCUCAAUGAAGAUGAGACUCUGGAGCGUUUGGAAGAAUGUUCUGGCAAUGCCGUCAACCAGUCCGAAAUGAUUAUCCCCGCCGCCUUUGCUCCAGUCCUUCCCCCCUCCUCAAACAGAACUGAGCGGCCCAUCUGGUCUGCCCCGCGCAGGUACCCCCGCAGCCCCUCUCCACUGGCUCUCCAACAGCCCUCUCUAGGUCCUCCGCUGCGCCCUGUGCUCUCGCCCGCUCCCUCCCCUGGUUCCUCUCCGCGCAGUUUCAGCCCAAUAAGAAAGGCCCGUCCCCCAGUAGGCAUCCCAACCAGCCACCUGCCUAUUGAGGCCGAGGGUCCAGAUCCCAGCGAUCAGACUCCCUGUCCGUCCCAACAAUGACCACAGCAUGUUGCUCAACCCUUCCUGGGUGUAUGCUUUCAUUCUUUGACGUGUAAAGUGCGUGUAUAGUUUGUGGUUAUUCUGUUGCAUCCUGAGGAUAUUGAGGAUAAUGGGUUGGAUGCACAAUUAUAAGAGAUGAGUUCCCUUCCAGCUAACUCUUUAUCUUCAUGUUCCAUUAUUUAUCACCAAUUUUCUCUAUGUCUAUUCACAUUGUCUGUAGUAAUUUGAUGAUAUCCUCUGAUAGGAAAAAAAUAUAUAUACGCUGUCCAACAGCAUGUAGUAUGAAUAUGAUGCUGAGACAGAACUGCAUUUCCAGCUCUGAUUUAUAAAAUGCUUAUUGUUGCAUUAUGAAUUUUACUGGGAACUUUUCACAAGUGCCUGUACAUAUGUAAGUAAAUUGUUUUGAGGGACUUGCUAAUUUGUUCUAUUGUUUUUUUUUUUCCCCUUUUAAAAAAUUAAACCACAAAUCGUAUUAUUAUUCUACAUUAGGGCCAUUGUAUGACCUAAGGCAAUAAAACAAUUUAAAUAGUU